GUUGCACUCGCCGCCGGUAAGCAGGUUUCUGGUGUUUUCAAGAGUUUAGAUUCUUUUGUUUACCAGAUGCCACCAGGGUCCUACUACCCAAACAAGACUCCGGCGUCCCCAACUUGGUUUGCAACUCUUAGUUGGGAAAUGGAUAGUGACAAAAUCUCGCCUGGGGACACCUUCACACUUACGAUGCCUUACGUUUUCAAAUUCAUUUCCACAACCAGUACCAUAGCAUUGACAGCAGACGGCGAUACUUAUGCCACAUGUAACUUGAUAGGCGGUGAGCUUGUUGUUGCUUAUUCUUCAGUUGAAUGUACCGCUACCAAUUCAAUCAAGGAAACAGAUAACAUCAAAGAGGCAUUCGGAACUUUAAAGUUGCCGCUCGUUCUCAACACUGGAAGUUCUGCGAACUCCGUCGAUUUAGAGGCGGCAAAGGUUUUCAACCCUGGAACCAACACAGUAACUUUCAGAGAUGGCAACAAUGUUCUUUCCACUACUGCUACCUUUGAGGGUGGGAAUAACAACGGGAACAUUCCUAGCGGUUUGAAUUUUAAUACCAGAGUCCUUCCAAACUUGAAUCUUUAUGAAUUGUACCUGUUGGCAGGCGAUUGUCCAGAUGGUUAUGCUUCUGGUACUCUUGGGAUCGCUGUGGAACAAUCCAAUAUUGACUGUGAGACUGUUCAUGCUGGUAUUUCCAAUAAUCUCAACGGUUGGUUAUUUCCCAAAAGCUUUAGCAAGGACUUCCAAUUUAAGGCUACCUGUUCACCAACUGGGUACCAAAUCACAUAUUCUAACAUCCCUGCAGGCUACAGACCUUUCAUUGACAUGCUUUCUGACAAUCCUGCUGGAAGCACAGGGCUUUUUACUAGGUAUACCGAUACCUACACUUGUAAGAGCGGUAAGAAAGCCACCAAUGAUGAUGUGAGAUCUUGGGGUCGUUACCAGAACUCAGAUCCCAAUUCUAACGGUGGGAGGGUGAAGAUUAUCACUGUGACUUAUACCGGGUCAACUACCUCAGUUACAACAUUACCCUUUUCAAGUGGUGAAGGUAACACUAGAACGGUUGUUGUCGACGUUCCAGUUCCAACCACUACUAUUACUAGCACUUGGAGUGGACUGGUCACUACUUCGAUUACCCGCAGUGCCACUCCAGGGCAAACUGCAACAGUCAUUGUUGAAGUACCAUCGCCUGUUGUCACACGGACUACUGCAUGGACAGGAACUAUUACGACCACCACAACGGCCAGAGGAACUGAUGGUACGAAUACUGUUAUCAUCGAAACUCCUGUCCCAGCUACAACCUAUACU